AUGACGCCCACCAAGGAAGCCGCUGCUGCUAUGCCAGCGCCACCACCGCCAUCUCACUUCGUCAUCGUCCCCCUCGUGGCGCAGGGCCACACCAUCCCCAUGGUCGACCUCGCCCGCCUCCUGGCGGAGCGCGGCGCGCGCGCAAGCUUGGUGACGACACCGCUGAACGGCGCACGGCUGCGUGGCGUCGCCGAGCAGGCCGUGCGCACUAAUCUGUCCCUCGAGAUCGUCGAGCUCCCGCUGCCGACGGACACCGACGGCGGCCUGCCCCCGGGCAUCGAGAACGUGGACCAGGUCACGGACAACGGCCACUUCAUCCCCUUGUUCAACACCGUGCAGAAGCUCGCCGGCCCGCUGGAAGCGUACCUACGAGCGCUGGCGCUGCGCCCGAGCUGCAUCAUCUCCGACUGGUGCAACGCGUGGACGGCCGGCGUGGCCAGAAGCCUCGGCAUCCCUCGCCUCUUCUUCCACGGGCCGUCGUGUUUCUACUCUCUCUGCGACCUCAACGGCAUCGAUCACGGGUUACGCGAGCUGACCGCGGCGGCUGACGACCAGGAGAGGUUCGUCGUGCCAGGCAUGCCGGUGCACGUGGAGGUGACCAAGGCCACGGCGCCGGGCUUCUUUAACUCGCCGGGGUGGGAGGCGCUCUGGACGGAGUGCGUGGAGGCCAUGCGCACGGCCGACGGCGCGGUGGUGAACACGUUCGUGGACCUCGAGGGCCAGUUCGUGUCGUGCUACGAGGCGGCGCUCGGCAAACCCGUGUGGACGCUUGGCCCGCUCUGCCUCUCCAACCGGGACGUCGAUGCCAUGGCGUCGCGCGGGGACACGUCGUCGGGCGGCGUCCAGCUGCAGAGCGUGGUGGCCGCCUGGCUCGACACGAAGGACACGGACUCCGUCGUGUUCGUCAGCUUUGGCAGCCUGGCGCGGAAGCUCCCGAAGCAGCUGUUCGAGGUCGGCCACGGCCUCGAGGACUCCGGCAGGCCGUUCCUCUGGGUGGUGAAGGAGGCCGAGGUGGCCGCGGCGCCGGAGGUGCAGGAGUGGCUGGGGGCGCUAGAGGCGCGCACGGCUGGGCGCGGCCUCGUGGUGCGUGGCUGGGCGCCGCAGCUCGCCAUCCUGUCCCACCGCGCCGUGGGCGGGUUCGUCACCCACUGCGGCUGGAACUCGCUGCUGGAGUCCGUGGCGCACGGCGUGCCCGUGGUGACGUGGCCGCACUUCGCCGACCAGUUCCUGAACGAGCGGCUGGUGGUGGACGUGCUCGGCGUCGGCGCGCCCGUCGGCGUCACGGCGCCCGUGAUGGUGUUCGACGACGAGAACGUGGCCGUGGCGCGUGGGGACAUCGUGCGGGCGGUGUCGGCGCUGAUGGGCGAAGGGGAGGAGGCGGACGAGAGGAGGAGGAAGGCCAAGGAGUACGGGGAGAAAGCUCAUGUGGCCAUGGAGAAAGGAGGGUCCUCGUAUGAGAACCUGACGCAGCUGAUUGAGAGCUUCAGGCAAUGUGGAGGCAGAAAAGGUUAG